UCGGUCUUUUGGUGACUUUGAUGUUGUCUCUCUCCUCUUUCGGGUCACAGGAUGGACGAGCCUGGAGAGACGGUGUAUGACUUUUAUGAAUAUAAUUUCUCCUGGCCGUGGAACUACACUUAUGAGAACUACACAGAUGAAUACGACCAGCUCGGUUACUUCCAUCCAUUGGUGCCGGCGGCCAUUUUGGCGAUAUCCAUGUACGCCCUCACCUUUGUCGUCGGCGCUCCCGGCAACGCAGCGGUCAUCUGGGUGGCGGGCUUCAAGAUGAAGCGGACGGUGAACACCGUGUGGUUCCUCAACCUGGCGGCCGCCGACUUGGCCUACUGCCUCUCGCUGCCCUUCCAGAUCGCCCACGUCGCCCUGGGCAACCGCUGGCCGGACACAGCGGCCCUGUGCCGGCUCCUGCCCUGCGCCAUCCUGCUCAACAUGGCCGCCAGCGUCUUCCUGCUGACCGCCGUCAGCAUCGACCGCUGCCUGGCCAUCACGCUGCCCGUCUGGUCGCAGCGCUGGCGCACCCCGGGCCGGGCCUGGGCGUCCUGCGCCGGGCUCUGGGCCCUGGCGGGCCUCAUGUGCCUGCCUGCCCUCCUCCACCGCCGGCUGGCGCCCGGCACGUCCAUCUGCGUGGCCGACUACGCCGGGGUGGCGCGCCUGGUGGAGGUCUCCCGGGCGACGGUGGCGUUCGGCCUGCCGUUCCUGGUCAUGGCGGCCUGCUACCUGCUGAUCGGCCUGCGGGUGCGCCGGGCGGGAUUCGGCAAGAGCCGGCGGCGUCCCCUGCGCCUGAUCCUGGCGGUGGUUCUGGCCUUCUUCGUCUGCUGGCUCCCCUACCACCUGUUCGGCCUACUCCAGGCUUUCGGCCACGAUGGGGCGGCGCUACGGGCCUGGGACUACGUCACCGUGGGCCUGGCCUCCCUCAACAGCGCCCUCAACCCCCUGCUCUACGUCUUCGCCGGGCGCGACUUCAGGCAGCGGGCCCGACGCUCGCUGGGCUCCACCCUGCGCCGGGCCCUCAGCGAGGAAGCUUCCUCCCAGACAGUACGCAGCAGCCGGCUGAAGAGCCGCAGUAGCCUGGACUACACCCUCUGAGGCCUCCUCCCCACGCACUCUCCUCCUCCCCUAACCCCAUCUCCUCCCCGUUAAAUGCGGAAUGCUGACCCGACGGGGUCUUUUUUGUAAUAAAAAGGGAAAAAUUAA